AUGCAGGAAAAUCACAUACCAGUUGGACACCAACCACGAAGUAUCAAUGGUCGACACAAACACAAAAAAAGGCAUAGGAAAAUCUUUUCCUCUCCUUCUUAUAGGCCACCAACAGAAAAUCUUUUUCUCGGGUUCUCCUAUGAGACUCCAACAGUGAAGCCAAGCCUCUGGCCGUCAACUUCCAAGGCCCAAAAUAAAGUUAGAACUCUACCCAAAAAAGAAGAGAGCAAAGGGAAACGGCUGCUCCAUCUUUCCUUUCUACUCACCGUCAAAGGAGCUGGAAGAGGCAGACGACGACCUGCUAGAGGUAAAGGUCAGGGAGGUGCCGGUCGUGGUGGUGUUGACCAUGACAAUGUUCAGUUGGAGGAUACACCUCAUGUGCCGAAUCUUAUAAUUGGAUUUAUCAGAGAUAUCCGCAAAUUGGAGACUGUUGAAUUUGCUAGAGCUACCGAUCCACUUGAUAUUGAGAAGUGGAUUGAAGAUAUAGAAAAGUAUUUUGAGAUGAUGGACUGCACUGAGGUGCAGAAAAGGAAGAUUGGUGCAUUUCUUUUAUCUGGUGAGGCGCGCCAGUGGUGGCAGUCAGAGACCAGGAUGGUUGUGGACAUUACAACUAUGACCUGGGAUGAUUUUAAAACUCAGUUCAACGACAAAUACUUUCCACAAUAAGUGAAGGAGAAGAAGGCAACUGAGUUCAUGCAGCUGGAACAGAAUCAUAAUAUGACAGUCAAUGAGUACAAGAGAAAGUUUACAGAGCUAUCCCGAUUCGCUCCUCACAUUGUUGCGAAUGAAUUGCACAAGGUCAAAAAGUUUGAACGGGGAUUGAUCUCUCAUGUAAAGAAGUUUAUGGUGGGUCAUCAUUUUGACACUUAUGCUAAAGUGGUGGAAUAUGCCAUGGCAGUAGAGGAGAAUAAUAACAUUGCCUUUUAGAAACAGAAGGAGCGUAGGGCAGAACAGAAAGGUAAGGGGACUAGCAGCUCUCAACAGAAUCAGAGGGGUCAGCAGCAGCAGACUCAGAGAAACUGGCAGGGUCAGUCUUGGCAGAGAGGUAGACAAGAUUGGCAAGCAGGGAAACGACAGAGAGUUGGUGAAGGUGAGUAAUCCACAGCUUUAGUACCAGCCACACCUCAUGAUGCACAGCCAUAUCAGUUCAGCGGGCAUUGCUACAAUUGUCGUGAACAAGGACAUUUGGCUCGUAAUUGUCCCAAGCCUCACAAGAAUAACCAGCAGAAAGGUCAGGCACCGCAGCAGCAAGGAGGUGCAAGGGUUUAUGCAGUUGUUCCAGAUGGGAGACAGGAUCGUGCACCACCAGCAGUGGAAGGUGCUCGUAGAGUAGGAACGUGAUGGGAUCACAUGAUGGUGACAGAUUUUGGCUAGUUUUUCGUAUUCUUUGGUUUAGUUCAAUUUCUCAUUCUAAUAAGAAUGAUGAUAUAUUUUUGAGAUUUAGUUCAUUUUGUCCAGUUAUCAUGGAUUAUUUUGACAAGGUUGAUUGUUAUUAUGGUUGUAUCGAUUUAAUAAAUUAGUGGGUGAUUUACAUCUACUUCUUUAUUUAAUUAUCUUUUUGUAAAGUUGUAGUUGUGUAAAGAAAGUUAUGCCAGAUUUUAAUACUAGACAAGAGUUCAUGUAUUUAAGAUUUUGGGACGUGACAAGUGACCCAUGAUUUAGUUUGUAUAUA